AUGUCCGCUAUGCUUGCCUUCCUGGACUUGGAUCUCAGACUUGGGGGGACAUAUUCUUGGACCUGGAUUUCGGCUUGGGUUAUAAAGGAAGACACCUUCUUGGACUUGGAUUUCGGUUUGGAUUAUAAAGAUAAGAGAACGCCUCUUGGACCUGGAUUUUGGCAUGGGGAGACACCUUCUUGGACCCGGAUUUCGGCAUGGGUUAUAAAGGGGAACGCCUUCCUAGACCUGGAUUUCGGUUGGGAUAUAAAGAUAAGUCAGGGAGGGAAAAAAAUUGAUGAAAGCCAAAAUACAACUAAUGAUCAUAUUAUUGAUAUUAUUAGUAAACAAAUAUUAAGGAAUAAUGCACAUACCACAACAGAUAACAAAGAAAAUGCUGAUGAUAAUGGCAACAUCAAAGGACGUAAAUGUGAAAAGUGCAAACAAUUACUUUAUGGUCCAUUAGAUCUGGUUCGUUUAGAUGUUGGAUUUAUUGCUUGGGCUUAG